UUUGAUUUUUCAAUCCCAUUCUCCUUUAUUGGGCUAACUAUUAUUUGCACAAGAAAUGUUAGCUUUAUUAUAGAAGGGUCAAAUGUCUGUUGUUGUGCGUGCCUUGUCAAGAUCAAGAUAAGAUGAUGUUGUGGGAACUGUUGUAGAAUGACUGGUGUGAGUAUGUUCAAGGGGAUGAAGCUAAAAGGCAAACAGAGGGUGUCUUUCAAACAUCGAAGAACUGGGCUUUCGGUGCACUAUGAAGGGUGGAAAUUGCAAUGGGCUUUUCGGUGCACUAGGGAGGGUUAGAAAGCCCAACUGAAUUCAACUGGAGAGAAUUCAAAGUCCUUCAAACAUCACUCUAAAUGUGGAGCAAAGUCUGCACUAAGCAUACAGUCUCUCUUUUCUCCAAUUCGGUCCGAGAUGAUUCAACCUCUAAAAUAGCUUUUCUCUUAACUUCUCUCAGAAAGCAGGUUUACAUCGUCUAUUUAGGGGGGCUCAACCAAAUCCAUGAUCCUCUCCUCACUUCUAGACAUCAUGUCCAGCUCCUAUCUAAUGUCUUUGAUAGCAAAGAAGAAGCCGAGGAAUCCAUGAUCUACAGUUUCAAGCGUUCUUUCUCGGGUUUCUCAGCAAAGCUCAAUUCAACCCAAGCAACUACCUUAGCUACUUUUGAAGGAGUGAUAUCAGUGUUCAAGAGCAAGACACUGCAGUUGCACACAACAAGAAGCUGGGAUUUCAUGGGUCUUACGUUGGACAAUAGUGGAGUGACUACUCCGUUGCAACUAGCUCAUGGUGAUGACAUAAUUGUUGGGAUCUUUGAUACAGGUAUCUGGCCAGAAUGUGAGAGUUUCCAGGAAGGACCAGCUGGGCUGUGUCCUAUUCCAUCAUCCUGGAACGGGGAAUGUGUCCCAGGAGAAAGCCCAGAAGAAAAAUUUGACCCAAAAAAAGCAUGUAACCGGAAGCUAAUUGGUGCGCGCUACUACCUUAAUGGUUAUGAGGCAGACUUUGGAGUAAAAUUGAACGACACAAAAGGCAAGUCAGAAUAUCGGUCCCCUCGCGACUUCGAUGGCCAUGGGACACACACUGCUUCAACAGCAGUAGGGUCUAUAGUCAGAAAUGCAAGUUAUUUUGGUCUUGGACGAGGCACUGCUAGGGGGGGAGCACCUAGAGCGCGCCUAGCAGUGUACAAAGUGUGUUGGAACUUGAAUUUGACGGGUGCAAAGUGCAGUGAGACGGAUAUACUGUGUGCUUUUGAUGAUGCCUUGAGUGAUGGUGUUCAUGUGAUAUCAGGCUCAUUCGGUCUCAAUCCGCCUUUGGACCGAUUUUUUGAAAGGGGUACAGAAAUAGGUUCUUUUCAUGCCAUGCAGAAGGGUAUCACUGUCGUGUUUUCUGCAGGAAAUGCUGGGCCAGAUCCGUCUACUGUAACAAAUGUUGCCCCAUGGAGCCUCUCUGUUGCGGCUUCGUCGAUCGAUCGGACAUUUCCGACAGAGAUACUGUUGGAUAAUAAAAUCUCCGUCACGGGACAAAGCCUCAUUGUCAAACCAAUAAAGACUCUACUGUUGGGCGCACGCAGUUUCUUUUUCAAUGAUGUUUGCAAGAAAGAGAAUUGGAACAACAAAACUGCUAAAGGAAGGGUAAUCCUAUGCUUCUCAACAGCAGAAUCUGUGACCGGUUCUGAGGCUGAGGAGGCGGCGUAUUGGGCGGGGGCGGCCGGCUUAAUCUUUGUAGGGCCAUUCACUGAUCAGGAUCCCGAUGUGACUAACGUCCCCAUGGUGCAUGUUGACAUUAGCCAAGGGACUAAACUUAAGCACUAUCUUUUUGAAUAUGUAAGGACAAAAAAGAAGUUCCCCACGGUGGAGAUAUCACCAAGUAGCUCGGUCAUCAAGAAGACACCAGCACCCGUAGUUGCACCAUUUUCUUCUAGAGGGCCAAGCUCCCUUUCACCUGAUAUCCUCAAGCCAGACAUAAGUGCUCCAGGAAUCAAUAUAUUAGCAGCAUGGCCUCUAAAUAAAAGUCCCUAUGGGGGCUGGAUCUUUCAAUCAGGGACAUCAAUGUCAUGCCCUCAUGUAUCAGGAGUAGUUGCCCUCAUCAAAUCUGUUCACCCACACUGGUCACCAGCUGCCAUUAGAUCUGCUCUCAUGACUACAGCUUACACUAGGGACACAACCCAUGACACUAUUCUAGCUGGUGGAACAACAGAAACUGCUGAUCCCUUCGACAUAGGUGCCGGUCACAUUAAUCCCUUGAGAGCCAUGGAUCCCGGCCUGGUUUACGACAUGAAAACCAGCGACUACAUUCUCUUCCUUUGUAACAUUGGUUACACCCAAGACCAGAUCAAAAAAAUGGUCAUUGACUGUUAUGGUACCGACACAAGCUGCAAAAAAUCACACAAAACCAACUCAAACGUCAAUUAUCCCUCGAUCACGGUCUCUAAUCUCCGAACCACCACGACAAUCAAAAGGACUGUUCGCAAUGUGGGGAAGAAGAAGACUGCAAUUUAUUUUGCUAGUGUCACAAAGCCUAAUGGAGUGGAGGUUGUGAUAUGGCCAAGGAUUCUAAUAUUCACAUGGUUCAAGGAAGAGUUCUCAUACUAUGUGACUCUGAAACCAGAGAAGUGUUCUCAAGGGAGGUAUGAUUUUGGUGAGAUUGUUUGGUCAGAUGGGUUCCAUGAUGUUAGGAGUCCAUUGGUCGUGUCUGUGAACUUUACUGAGGAUGGUGGUGGUACUAGUGAGUACAUUGCUCAUGCUAGCAUUUAGGACUGUUAUGUUUACAAUGUUGAGUGUUUUUUAUGUUUCCAAGUUUGGCCAUUGUGUGUGCAGGCCAUACAAUAAAGCAAUGUCUUUAGUUUUUUGUUAUAACAAUAAAUACUCAUCUCAAU